AUGUCGACCUUCGCCCCCCUCCUCCGACUCCUCACGCUCCUCUUCCUCGUCAACGUCACCCUGGCGUUCGACAUCACCUUCCCCGCCCCGACCAACUACUGGGUCGCCUGUGGCUGGAACAACAUGACCUGGAGAUCUCAGUCCAGCGACCCUUCCAUCGUGACGAUCAUGCUGACCAACACCAACAAGACGUUGCUCAACGACGAUUUUGAGAUUGGCAAUGCGCUCGAGGGAGCUGACAAUGCGGCGAUGGUCUACGUCCCCUGCCUACCAGCAGCGGAUGGGUACGCGUUGCUGUUUGUCAAUGCCAGUGGAUAUGAUCACAAGCCGGAGAAAGUGAUUUAUACCUCCAACGAGUUCGGUAUCAAACCCAAGGGGUCGACCCCAGACCCGGCAUCGGGGCAAUCAAGCAUCCCCAACCGAUAUCAACCGUAUCUGGAGACACCCGGCAUCGUUCUGCCCCAAAAAGGUCCCAGCGAGGUCACCAACACUACAACAAACGCAAACAGCACCGACGGCGCACUCCCCAAACUCGACGGCUCCGCUGAUACCUUCAAGGACUUCCAUCCCACUCAGCACAAUGCAGCCGCGAGCAGUAUGACUGUAGUUGGGGAUGUGCUGUUCGUCGUUGUGGUCGCUGCGUUCACCGCUCUCGUGGUCACUUCCUAG